AUGGAGCAAAAUUCAGACCCGGACUCCUUCCUGAAGUCCGCACGUCUCCAGCGCCUGCCCUCGUCCUCGUCCGAGAUGGGAAGCAGGGACGUGUCCCCUCUCCGGGAGACCAGCAAGGACCCUUUUUCUGGAGACUGCAGCUGCCGGCAGGAUGGGCUGACCGUCAUCAUCACUGCCUGCCUGACCUUCGCCAUGGGGGUCACGGUGGCCCUGAUCAUGCAGAUCUAUUUUGGGGACCCUCAGAUCUUCCACCGCGGCGCCGUGGUCACGGACGCUGCCCGCUGCACGGCGCUGGGCAUAGAGGUGCUCAACAAGCAGGGCUCCUCGGUAGACGCAGCCAUCGCCUCGGCCCUCUGCGCGGGAAUCGUCAACCCCCACACGUCAGGGAUCGGCGGGGGUGGGGUGAUGCUGGUCCACGACAUCCGCAAGAACAGGAGCUGGGUGAUCGACUUCCGUGAGGUGGCUCCCCUGGGCAUCCCGCUGGAGAGGGACCUGCAGAAGGACACCAAGCCAGGUCUGCUCGUGGGGGUGCCAGGCAUGAUACAAGGCGUGCACCAGGCGCACCAGUUGCACGGGAGACUCCCGUGGUCUGAGCUGCUGGGCCUCGUGGCCGGUGUCGCCCAGGAGGGCUUUAACGUCACACGUGAUUUGGCCAAAGCCGUAAGCGAGCUGAAGGAGCUGAACUACUCUGACAAAUUCCGGGAGAUCUUCCUGCCGGACGGCCAGCCCUUACUGCCUGGCAUGUUUGUCAGGCGCCCGGACCUCGCAGCCGUCCUGGAGUUGGUGGGAGUGGAAGGCCUAUCAGCUUUCUACAGCGGGAACUUGACCCAGGAGAUCAUCUCCGAGGUUCACAGCUACGGAGGAGUCUUGGUGGAGGAAGACUUCAGCAACUACAGUGUCACAGUGGAGAACCCCGUCCAUACGGUCUAUCGAGGUCAUCUUGUUUUCAGCCCCCCACCUCCACAUGCAGGUCCUGCACUGAUCACAGCGCUGAACAUCCUUGAGGGCUUUAACAUCACGAGUCAAGCAUCCAGGGGAAAUACAUUGCACUGGAUGGCAGAGACGUUAAAAAUAGCCCUGAGUCUAGCUAGCAACCUGGGAGACCCGUCUGAUGAUGUGUCCGUCACUCACGCUGCAGAAGACAUGCCUCGAGGUGUACAAAAAUCGCUGGGAGGGUUUUUAUGGGAUUUCUUCGUGUUUCUUUUCAGUUCUUUGAAUCGUCCCUUUGGCAGUGGAAUAAUAACACCCUCUGGAGUCCUCCUGAACAGCCAGAUGUUGGACUUCUCCUGGCAAAAUAAAACAACAAACCACUCCAUUCCCAGGCCGCAAAACCUCAUUCAGCCUCGGAAACGGCCGCUGUCUUUCCUGUUGCCCACCAUCGUGAGACCGUCCGAGGGGCUGUGCGGGACGUACCUAUGUCUGGGAGCUAACAACGGGGACAGAGCCUUGAGCGGCAUCGUUCAGGUUUUGGUAAAUGUUUUAACAUUUAACAAGAAUCUGAGUGAAAGUUUGUCACUUGGUCGACUUCACCCACAGCUUCAGUCCAACACCUUGCAGGUUGACAGUGAGUUUUCUGAAGAAGAUAUUGAGUGUCUUGUAGCCAGGGGCCAUCAAGUGGAUAGAGUCAAAGUGGUCUCCCUUGUCCACGGGGCCAGGAGAACCAACAGUUUCAUCAUUGGCCUGAAGGACCCCAGGAGUGUGGAUGCUGCUGGAGCCACAAUAUUGUAG